UCCUUUACAUCACUAGCUGCCUUUUCUAUGGCACUCAGCUCCACCUCCUGUGGUGCCACCCUGGGACUUCCUUUUCCUAUGUGCAGACUGCCAGUAUCUCCUGCACUGCUAAAUUCCUCUUCUGAUUCCCCGUGGCUCUUUGGACUCAGUCUCCAACUCCGCUCCUAAAGGCUGCAGUGUCACGUCCCACCCUUCCAGGGAGCAGGGAAGGGAAAUGGCUGCCGUGGAGCCAGCUCAGGUAGGUAUUAUUGGGGAGUUGCUGGUGGGCUCCUGUUGGCGGGAGAAGGGCAGUAAAUACAUAGGAGGUGGGUACUUCUGCGAUUGGUCGGGAGGGGGCUAGAAAUACCCAGGGUGGAGAAAGGGAGGGAUACAGAAUGUGACAAACCUGGUGGGAUUAGUUUACGGUGGGGCCUAGAUUCUAGCAACAGACCCAUUGGGUUUGUGAGUGGAAAUUUCCUAGUUUGUCAGCCCCCCUGGACUGGGCUGGGGAAACGUACCAGCCUCCAAUACUGGAGUCUGAACCUACUAGCCAGAGGGGAACCGCCAGUGAGGCCCGGGGAAGACACCCCAUCCCAUCCAAGUGCUGGCACUGGGGAGGGUGUUGGGAUUGCUGCCAGGGGGCUGUCCUUGGACCCUGCUGGGGGCUCCAUCUCCUGUAUCAACUUCUGGCUGAUAGGUGAGUGUGGAAUGUGAAGACUCCUGCCAUCGCUAUCUGCUAGAUGGGGCGAGGGACUCUCUCUCUUUCUCCCCCCCCCGAUGCCUCCUGGCUGCUCUGAUGGGGAGGGGGUGGGAUCCUGCCUGCCUCUCAGAGCUUCCAUGUGAUUGGCCCUCUCCCCUGUGAACAGUGGGGUUGUCACUGGGGAACAGAUGCAGAUUGGGGGGCUCUUGCUCUUUCAGGGGCCGGUGACUUUUGAGGAGGUGGCUGUGUAUUUCACCAGUGAAGAGUGGGCUCUGCUGGACCCUGCUCAGAGAGCCCUCUACAGAGACGUCAUGCAGGAGAACUGUGAGAAUGUGACUUCACUGGGGUUUCCAGUUUCCAAACUCGAUGUCAUCUCCCAGCUGGAACAAGGGGAAGAGCCGUGGGCCCCAGAUCUCCAGGGCUCAGAGGAAAGAGAGAUCCUGAGAGGCAGCUGCAUGGCAGGUGAGGGGAUGGUGAGAGAGACUGUGGAGCAGACGCCUCAGCAGGAAGAGGAGCAAGUGGAAGCACGUGGAGUGUUGUUGCAAAGAUGCAAAGGGAGUGUGUCCAGGAGUUGUGAGCAGGGAAAAGGCUCUCAGGGGCAGCACAGGCCAGAAAAGCGGCAGGGAUACCAGCCAGUGCGGAAAGUUGGAAUAUCUGUAAAUUAUCGGGAAACUCACAAAGGCCUCAAGGAAGCCAUGGCCCACCAGAGAAUCCUGACGGGAGAGAGAAAUAACACGGGCUUUGAGUGUGGGAAAAAGUUCAAGAGGCGCUUACACCAUCAGAGAAUCUACGCUGGAGUGAGACCCCAUGAGUGCUGCGAGUGUGGGAAAACCUUUGCUCAGAGCUCAACCCUUAUUACACAUCAGAGGAGCCACACAGGAGAGAGACCCUACGAAUGCCAUGAGUGCAGGAAAACCUUCAUUCAGAGGUCACAUCUUAUUCGCCAUCAGAGGAUCCAUACAGGGGAGAAACCCUAUAAAUGCUGUCAGUGUGGGAAAACCUUUGCUCGGAGCUCACAGCUUACUGCACAUCAGAGGAGCCACACAGGGGAGAAACCCUAUAAAUGCCGUGAGUGUGGGAGAAGCUUUGCUCGGAGCACAACCCUUACUACACAUCAGAGGACCCACACAGGAGAGAAACCCUAUAAAUGCCGUGAGUGUGGGAAAACCUUUGCUCAGCUCUCAGUCCUUAUUACACAUGAGAGAAUCCACACAGGGGAGAAACCCUAUAAAUGCCAUGAGUGCGGGAAAACCUUUGCUCAGCUCUCAGGCCUUAUUACACAUGAGAGAAUCCACACAGGGGAGAAACCCUAUAAAUGUCAUGAGUGCGGGAAAACCUAUGCUCACUCCUCACACCUUGUUACACAUCAGAGAAUCCACACAGGGGAGAAACCCUACGAAUGCUGUGAGUGCGGGAAAACCUUCGCUCGGACCUCACACCUUACUGCACAUCAGAGGAGCCAUACAGGAGAGAAGCCCUAUAAAUGCCCUGAGUGCGGAAAAACCUUUGCUCAGCGGUCAGGCCUUAUUAUUCAUCAGAGGAAUCACACAGGAGAGAAACCCUAUGAAUGCCGUGAGUGCGGGAAAACCUUCACUUGGAGCUCAUAUCUUACUAUACAUCAGAGGAGCCACACUGGAGAGAAACCCUAUAAAUGCCCUGAGUGCGGGAAAACCUUUGCUCGGCUCUCAGGCCUUAUUACUCAUCAGAGGAAUCACACAGGAGAGAAACCCUAUGAAUGCCUUGAGUGUGGGAAAACCUUCUCUUGGAGCUCACAUCUUACUAUACAUCAGAGGAGCCACAUUGGAGAGAAACCCUAUAAAUGCCCUGAGUGCGGGAAAACCUUUGCUCAGCUCUCAGGCCUUAUUACUCAUCAGAGGAAUCACACAGGAGAGAAACCCUAUGAAUGCUGUGAGUGCGGGAAAACCUUCCCUUGGAGCUCACAUCUUACUAUACAUCAGAGGAGCCACACUGGAGAGAAACCCUAUAAAUGCCGUGAGUGUGGGAAAACCUUUGCUCGGGGCUCAACCCUUAUUACACAUCAGAGGAACCACACUGGAGAGAAAACCCUAUAAAUGCUGUGUGUGUGGGAAAUUCUUCCAUCACAACUUUUCUCUUAUGUAUCACCAGAGAAACUGCAAGGGAGAUAAACACCAUGAAAAUU